CCAUCUCGCAUCUGUUGAUGAUCCCAUAUACCACUUUCGUUUCCGACAAUACUUACAACUCCCUUCGCCAAGAACACUCUUUCUACCAACACUGAACGAAACCACAUCGUCGCCAUUAUGAGGUCCCCCAUCCUACCGAACGCCGCCAUGAUCCUAGUCAUGUGCACUUCUCUCGCCGCGGCACUACCACUCGAUGUCGAAGAAACCAUAAUGAGCAAGAUAAAGAGCAUUCGAAGCAAUGAUUGCUCCAUGGAUAAGAUCCAAGAAUGCGUUGCCGAUACAGGAUUGGAGAGCACAAUAUGCUUUGCGCAAGUAUGCGCAGGUAUACAAGAGAAGCCAAGGAUGAUCAGACGCCAGGAUCAAUGUACAGAAGAAAAUUUACUCCAAUGCGCAGUCAUGGAAUGGCGAGAGGCCGAAGUCUGCUUUCAGGAGUUAUGUCUAUGACAACACGAAAUCGUACAAGUCGAAAAAAGUUGGGACAUCCUUCAGGAUCAAAUACCCGCUAUAUCUUCAUAAAAAUGCCACUCCGAAGAUGAAUGAGGUAAAA